UUGGUGCAUCGCUCUGGAAGAGGAAAAAGAUCGCGAAGUGAGGUCCUCAUCCGCUCUGCGCUUCAGCACCACAAUGCUGCCGAAUGCCGCAUAAGAAAGAGACAGAGAGCGUAAGACAAAGACGAAGCUCCGGAUUUUGACUUUCUUGCACCGGCUGUGUCUACUGUCCUGUCCCGGCUUGGUGCAUGGUGUUGCAUGGUGGAGGUGGUGGUGGGUGUCCCGCAUGGAGACGCUCCGAGUAGGUUAACAAGAGACAACUGCGGAGGAACCUGCGCCGGAGCCUCUGUCGGGAGGCAUCCGCUGUUUUGUCCCCAGAGCCGGCCUUGCAUGGAGGACACGCCAUGGCUACGUUUGUGUGCAGGGUGCAGUUCUUAGAUGAUACUGAUCCAUUCAACAGCACCAACUUCCCGGAGCCCAGCAGACCUCCAGUGUACACAUUCAGGGAAGAUAUUCCGCUCAUCAAUCAAAUUGCUGGAGUGCACAGGCUGCUAAGAGCCCCGCAUAAGCCUGAUGACUGUGCACUUCAGUUGUCUCAUAAUGGGAGCUAUCUGGACUUGGAGUCGACGCUGGCAGAGCAAAAAGACGAACUGGAGGGAUUUCAAGAGGAAGGAGGGAGAGGCAGAAAACACAACCUCAUACUUCGAACACAGCUGUCAGUCAGGGUCCACGCUUGCAUCGAAAAACUCUACAACUCCAGCGGAAGGGAGCUGAGGAGAGCCCUCUUUUCCCUCAAGCAAAUCUUUCAGGAUGACAAAGAUCUGGUGCAUGAGUUUGUGGUGUCCGAGGGACUGACUUGUCUGAUCAAAGUGGGUGCUGAAGCUGACCAGAACUACCAGAAUUACAUCCUCAGAGCUCUUGGACAAAUCAUGUUGUUUGUGGAUGGCAUGAAUGGCCUCAUUGCGCAUAAAGAAAUAGUCCAAUGGCUUUACUCCCUUGCCGGAACCAAGUUCCGUCUGGUGGUGAAGACUGCGCUAAAGCUCCUGCUGGUGUUUGUGGAAUACACAGAGUCAAAUGCCGCCCUGUUCAUUCACGCCGUGAACGAUGUGGAUGCCAAAAGAGGCACAAAAGCAUGGGGGAACAUCAUGGAGAUCCUGAAUGAGAAGGACGGAGUGGAUACAGAAUUGCUGGUAUAUGCAGUGACACUCAUCAACAAGACACUGGCCAGUCUGCCUGAUCAAGACUCUUACUAUGACAUGGUGGACUGUCUGGAGGAUCAGGGUAUUGAGGCCUUGGCACAGAGGCACCUGAGCAGGAAGGGCUCUGACCUUGACCUUGUAGAGCAGUUAAACAUCUAUGAGACGUGUCUCCGCCGUGAGGACGGUGACGAUGAAACACAGUUGCCUCCGAGCGGCAAGAAGGAGCGCCGGCGGGCGAGCAUGGGUGGUACCAACGAGCGGCGCGGCCUGGAGAGACGACGCAGCCGGAGGCAUUCUCUCCAAAACAACAGAAGUCACGGCCCGGCGCCGGCAUCGCCAUGCGGCGCCUACACUCAUGGAAGCAGCCACCGGCCAUUUGGUGGCCAGCAUGUUGAAGACAUCCGCGAAAGUGAUGAGGAGGAAGAAGGACAGGAGGCGGAGGAUGAAGGAGAGGAGGAUGAGGAGGACGAGGAUGAGGCAGAUGGUGAAAAUCAUCCAGUCAUUGAGUCCUCUAGGCAGGAUGAUCACAGUCUGACAGAAGCAUCUCACACUCUUAGAAAGACCUGCUGGGCUGAAAGGGUUAGUUCCGAUGGAGCACCACAGCCAGGCAUGAACCAGACUCCAACAUCACCCAUCCAUCGCUUUACUAGUACGGCAACCUGCACCCCAGAAUCUAAAACUGAAAGACCUGCUUUAGGAGGCUUGCUGAGCUCCUCGUACAGGCAGCAUCAGGACUCCUUGGCUGCAGAGAGGGAGAGGAGGCGCAUGGAACGAGAGGAACGACUACAGAGGAUCGAAAGGGAGGAGAGGGACCGCUUUAAUCGAGACUAUGUUGACAAAAGGGAAGCGGCAAGACAAGCCAGAGAGGAAAGAUACAAGGCCGUGGAGAGGCUAGCGGCCGAGGAGUGUGAGCGAGAGCGGACCAGGGUGCCCCUAAGAGGACGUACGGAGAUCACACUGUGUUUAAGUUCCAACCCCGCCGUCCGCUCGGCCUCCCGUUGUGUCACCACUUCAUCUAUUGCCUCACAACAAGACAAGACGUCAGGACACGAAUCUAGCCCGCAGUCAAAACCUGACUCCCCAACAAGAACAAAUUGUCCAGCAUCAGAGUUAACUGAAUCAGAACUUUGUCCCUCACCUCCCUCGCAACCAAAUAUGGCUGCAAAAGAGCUGCCAGCAGACGCGGAGGAUGUUUCUUACACUCAACCAGUCGAGAAAGUAGCUAAAGAACCAGAGGGAUGUGAAGAGGGAGGAGUGGAAAAUGAAGAGAGGCAGGAAGAAGGAAAGCUUGAGGAGCAAGAGCAAUAUGAGACUGGGAGAGAAGUACAAGAGCAGGUGGAGGUGGCGGAAGUGGUUGAUGAAGUGAAGGUAGCUGAGGUAGCACAGGUAGCUAGCACAGCCGCCGAAGUGGGUGUUGAUUUCGAAGAGAAUUGCGAGAGGGUUCCGACGAUCGACACGGAGGUCGAGGAAAGUAUUGUGCUGAGCGAGAAGGAGAGACAAAACGAGGAAGUGAACGAGAAGGACAACUGCUCAGCAUCCAGCAUCUCCUCCACCAGCAGCACUCUGGAGAGAGAGGAGCGGGAGGAAAAAGUCCAACAUGACUUUGAAGCAGGCCAGUGGAGCCAGUGCUUCAAAGUCUCAGAUGACAACGACAUCCUCAACAACAAGCGCUUCAUGCUGGACAUGCUCUAUGCACACACGUCCAACAAGGAGGAAAACAAUGGAGGAGAGACAGAAAAAGAAACUGAAUGCAAAUGUGAAAAAGACCCCGAGGUGGCUGACCCCGAGGUGGUGAGCUUGGCCAGCAGGAUCUCCACACUGGAGGCUGACAGGCAAACCAGAGAAGAAAAUGUGAAUAAAAUGGAGGUGGGCAUUGGCGACAAACAAGGCACUGUGCGCGCCGUGGCAGAGAAAUUUGGUGAUUUAGUCAAAGGUCUGACAUGGCCGACUGAAGUGGAGGCAUCAAAGGAGCCGCAGCACGCUCUGAGCGACAAAUCCUCCAGCAGCAUCCCAUCGACCCAGAAGAAGGAAUCGGACCAAAUCUGGGACCAGCUCAUGGCUACGCCCAGGGAGCUGCGCAUCAAGGAAAUGGAUUUCACCGACCUGCAGGAUGAGGAUGACCUGAACGUUUUAGAUAUGGACGGUGUGGUGGGGUUUGGUGACCAAGUCCCGCCGCCGCCUCCCCCACUGUGCAAUGCUGUUCUCCCGCCACCACCACCCCUAUUUGGGUGCCCUCCGCCUCCUCCCAUCCUUGGCGAAAUGGUGCUCCCACCUCCACCCUCCAUGCCGCCUCCUUCUCCUGAGCUGAAUCGGGACGGUCCUCAUUUCCUCAAGAAGAAGAAGACAAUUCGGCUCUUCUGGAAAGAGGUGCGCCCGGUGCAAUGGCAGUGCAAGAGCCAUAAGUUCUGUAAGGAGUCCCUGUGGUCCAAACUAGAGCCACUUAAACUGGACACAUCCAAGCUGGAACAGCUGUUUGAGUCCAAAUCCAAGGAGCUGCCUGUUACCAAGAAAGCAGCAGUUGAUGGCAAACGACAAGAAAUCAGCGUACUGGACUCCAAACGCAGCAACGCCAUAAACAUCGGCCUGACUGUUUUACCGCCCCCUCGUACUAUCAAGACGGCCAUUCUCAACUUUGACGAAUAUGCACUGAACAAAGAAGGCAUUGAGAAAAUCCUGACCAUGAUCCCCACGGAGGAAGAAAAGCAGAGGAUCCAAGAGGCUCAGCUGCUCAAUCCAGAAAUUCCCCUGGGCAGCGCUGAGCAGUUUCUUCUCAUCCUCUCCUCCAUCACCGAGCUGUCGGCGCGCCUGCAGCUGUGGGCCUUCAAGAUGGACUAUGAGCUUAUUGAGAAGGAAGUUGCGGAGCCCCUGCAGGAUCUUAAGGAAGGGAUGGACCAACUGGAGAAAAACACAACCCUCCGCUACAUUUUGACCACACUGUUAGCCAUUGGCAACUUCCUCAAUGGCACUAAUGCCAAAGGGUUUGAGCUGAGUUACCUCGAGAAAGUCCCUGAGGUGAAGGAUACGGUUCAUAAGCAGUCACUGCUGCACCACACCUGUGCCAUCGUCGUGGAGAAGUUUCCAGACAGCUCCGAUCUCUACUCUGAGAUUGGAGCCAUCACCCGCCUAAACAAGGUGGACUUUGACCAACUUCAAGACAAUCUGGCUCAGAUGGAGCGAAGGUGCAAAGCAUCCUGGGAUCACCUCAAGGUCAUCGCCAAACACGAGAUGAAACCGGCAUUGAAACAAAAAAUGUCCGACUUCCUCAAAGACUGCGCGGAGAGGAUUAUCAUUCUGAAAAUCGUACACAGGAGGAUAAUCAACAGGUUUCACGCCUUCCUAUUGUUCCUGGGCCAUCCGAUAUACGGUGUCCGCGACGUCAGCAUCCAUCGCUUCAGCAAGAUCCUGAGUGAGUUUGCACUGGAGUACCGCACAACCAGAGAGCGCGUUCUACAGCAGAAACAGAAGCGGGCCACCCAUCGCGAGAGGAAUAAGACCAGAGGAAAAAUGAUAACAGAUGGUGACGACGAAGAUGAAAGUGAGAGCGGUAAAUUUGGCGGCACCCGUUCCGACAUGCCCGAGAGCCAACCUCAGGGCAUCCAGUACGCAGAGGACACUGCCGAGCACGAGAACAUGAAGGCCGUGCUGAAGGGGAGCGCGCAGAGUGGAGACAGCGAGACGUCCACGGUGCCGGGCCUCCGAACUCGCACGCGAGCCAGCAGCACCAGAGCACACGUCCCGCCGUGGUGCAUCGCAAACGAUGACGCCAUCAACUGCACGGACGACACGGCCGACGAGAUCAUGGAGCGAAUCGUGCGGUCGGCCACUCAGGGGCCGGGUCCGAGGACGCAACCUCGCGAGAGGCGGCGCUCCAGAGUCAAUCGCAAAUCACUGAGGAGGACGCUGAAAAGUGGUUUGACAUCCGAGGAGGCCAACGUCCUGGGUUUUUCCGGUGGUCCUGACAUGCAGGUGUGAACAGGACUAGAGGAUACACAUUGACACAUCCUCGCCUCGUUCCCGUCCCAACUUGUUUGCGCUUCCUUGAGAAGAUGAGCGCCGCGUUGAGACCACUGAGCUUGGCUUCUGGCACAUCGCUCCUGCAGCUCUUGAACAGCGGAAGCAUUUUAUUGUUCUCCAGUGGUCAAUGUGAGAGAAACAAGUCCAAAGAUGUCACCUGCGUGUGUACAAUUACUACUGUGCUGCUAGCAUCUCUUGUGUAUUUACCUUGCGCUCCAGAAGGUUAUCGAUCGGCUGGCCGUCAAUUGAACGUGAAACACUUCACAAAAAAGAUGAACAGCGGCACAUUAGGACCCAAUUAAGUCAACCAGGUUGAGUAAAAUAGGUAAGUUGCUCGGCAGCAUGUGGCGCACAGCAUUUGCAUCUGUUGUCGCAGCUGCACAUAACAGUGCCUUUUUGAGACGCUUAUUUAUUGAAGGGAGAUUUUCAGGGACAUCCAAAUACACAAGGACCGAGCACGAGCUGCGAUGAUUUCUAAACAGUGUUCGGAUCGAUUCUGAAUGAAGCUAUUAUCUAUUUAUUAUGACAAGUCUUUCCCCAGCGCCUUACAUGUCAGUUCACGUGAACUGUAAGCGAAAAGUAUGAAAAACAAAGACAUCUCCUUUAACUGGCAGCACUGGAGAUUCUGUGGCAAGCACUCUCCUCUUUACAUUGAAUGUGAAAAAUCACCAUUUUACUUAUAUUUUUAAACAUCUAUGUUAAAGUGAUGUGAACGUGGUAAUUUUAAUUAACAAAAGUAGGACAGUUUAUCUCAUAAAUACUUUUUUUUCUUCCAUUUACAAGUUCAAAUUUGCCAUUUACAGGGUUCCCACGGGUCCGUAAAGUUCAUAAAAAUCCAUCAAAACAGUUAUGUUCUUAAUUGUCCUGUGAUCACUUCAGGCCAAUUCGUAUGUCAAAGGGUUAGCUGAUUGCUCCCAAUGAUUGGGGACAGAUUGGAACACCAGGUCAUGGAUAUGUGGCUUUCUGUAAAGCCCGCAUAUUGCUGAGUGGGCAUUAAAUCCACCGUGAAUCCCCUGGAUGGAGAAAAAGUCCUUAAAAAUGGCUACAUUAGCCCUCAAAAAGUUCCAUAAAUAAAAAGCGAAUGGAAGAGUGGGAACCCUGAAAUGGGAGCAUAGCCAUUGAGAAUUAAUCUAAAUGAAGAAAACACCAGCAUUAGAACUCAGUUCAGCACCUUAGAUUACAAGGGUAGCAUUCAAUGUACUACUUAGGGCAACUUUUUUUUUAACCAAACUGACAGUUGUGUAUUCAGGUCGAGUGAUGUAAAAUGUUUUGUUCCAAUUGUAGAAUAGUGUAUAAUAGAGUAAAAGCAGUAUUAUAAAUGUAAUUUAAAGCUUUGAAAUGAGUCCGUUUUGCAAGUUUGAAAUGAACGCUGUUUUUGUGCUCCAAACACUUGACUGCUUUGAAAUCAUUGCACUAAACUCUGCUACAUUCACACAAGCAUGGCAUAACAUGCGGCCAGGAACAAUGUCACUAUUUCAAUUAAAAUGCUUGUGAAAAUUC